AGAAAUUUUUUUUUCUGCAGGUGAAUUUGGCAAUCUUUACACCGCACCAUCUGAAAAUGAUAGGAGAAUCAUUGCUCACCCAGGAAUACGAUCUGUCAUCGCUGAAAUUCGUCACCUCGGGUGGAAGUACCCUUUCAGAGUACGUUAUGAAGAUUUUCAAAAACAAGGUGGACGCAUCAAUAUACAUCUUGUGGGGAUUGACGGAACUAGCCUGCUAUGCUACCGGCUUCAUUGUUACAAAGGAAUGGAAAAAUCUUUGUAUUGGAAAAGUUAUGCCGUUCUUCGAACUUAAGGUAGUGGACACAAGUAAUGGGCAGCUCUUGAGAGCUGGUGAACCUGGAGAAAUUUUGGUGCGGAGUCCCACCACAAUGAUCUGCUACGCUAAUAAUCCAGCUGCUACCUCCUCCAUGGUAGAUGCCGAAGGUUGGGUUCACACUGGUGAUUACGGCUAUUAUGACAGCCAGGGUUUCAUAUACUUGACUGACAGGAUUAAAGACCUCAUCAAAACCAAGUUCCAUUUACAGGUACAGCCGUCUGAACUGGAGGAUUUGCUGCUACAACACCCACAUGUGGCCGAGGCUGUGGUGGUUGGUGUGCCUCAGGAAGACUUCGAGGAGUUGCCACGGGGAUUCAUAGUGUUGAAGUCUGGAGCUCCCGUCGAGCCUGAGGUCCUCCAGCGGUUUGUCAAUGAUCGAGUUCCUGACUUCAAGCAUCUGACUGGCGGUGUGUGGAUUGUGAAGGAGAUCCCCAAAAACAGUAUCGGCAAAUGCUUGAAGCGACAACUCAUUGCUGGUCAAGUUACACGACUGGCAUUCUGCUAAUGAUUACUAAGGACUAUCUUUGGCUUCGUGAAACUAAAACUGAGGAUCCAUGAAUGUUGUUAAUAUCAAUGACAGUAUUUUUACAGUAUUUAUCAAUAUAUUCUUUCCUAAGGAAAUUUGUCCUAAAAGAGUUUGUUCUUAGGAGAAAAAUCUUUACAUAAAUUACUUAUAUUUCACUUCAUUUACUUCAACUUAUAAAUAAUUCAUGUUUUAACUACAAUAUAAGUGUACUUUCAAAUAUUUCAACAAUUUUAUCAAUAUAAGUUAAUUAAUUAAUUAAUAAUAAGAAAUAAAAAAAACAUCAGAAUCCACGUAA